AUGCCUCAUCUUAGCACUGAUAACAAUGUGGAUAACGGUAGUAUUAUGUCACAACAAAUAAGGGUCGGUUUUAUUGGUUUAUCAGGUAAUAAAGGAUGGGCAGUUAAAUCGCAUUACUUGGCUAUAAAACAAUUACAGAAAGAUUAUAGAAUUACCGCAUUGUUAAACUCAACAUUAGAAUCAUCACGAAAAACUAUUGGCGAUUUGCAAUUGGAUCCCGGAACUUGUAAACCAUUUGGUAAUGAUAUAAUUAAAUUUGCCCAAUAUGACCAAAUAGAUUUAAUCGUGGUUAGUGUCAAGGUACCUGAGCACUAUAAAAUAUGUAUGGAUUUACUAGAAAAUAAACCCAACGGGGGUAAAGGUUUCAAAAUAUUAUAUGUCGAGUGGAGUUUGGGGAAUGGACUAAACGAAGCCCAAAAAAUAUAUGACAAAGCUUCGGAAGUUGGUGUACAAGGUAUCAUAUGUUUACAAGGUAGGUAUUCUCCGUAUAUCCUAAGGGCUAAGGAAUUAAUUAAUAACGGCGGAAUCGGUGAAAUAAACUGUAUUGAGAUUAGUGCUAACGGAGGUUGGUAUGGUUAUGAAAGACCAAUUAAAUCACCCAGUUAUUUAUACGAUUUGAAAAGUGGUACCAAUUUAAUUACUAUUGCAUUUGCGCAUACCAUAGAUCUAAUCCAAUAUAUAACAGGCUCUUAUUUUAAUAAUAUAUCUUCCAUGAUCUUCAACAACAUAUCGGAACAAGAACUAGUGGAUGAACACGGCAAACCAACUGGACAGUUUGUGAAAAAGACCGUUCCGGAUCAUUUAUUGUUCCAAGGUUCUUUAAUUGAAGGAAAUGUUCCUGUUAGCUGCAGUUUUAAAGGUGGUACUCCCCAAAAAAAAUUUACAAAAAAUUUAGUUAUAGACAUACAUGGUACCAAAGGUGAUUUGAAAAUUGAAGGCGAUGCUGGUUUCCCUGAGAUCUCGAACUUGGUUUUAUAUUUUUGUGGUAUUAGACAUACUUUAUCACCAGAUAGUGCUAAUAAUAGCACCGACAAAGAUAACGCAUCAUUAAGUUCAUCGUACAAUAACAAUACCUAUUUUAAAAUAAAAAAUCAAAACACUUUUAAUGGGGAAGAUGUGGAAAAAGCUGAUACUGCAAGCCAAUAUCCCUGCAAAAAAAGGCGCAUAGUCUCCUUUCAAAGAGAUAACAGUAGCACCAAUAAUAACGUGGAUCAAACAGUUGAAGUUUAUCAUUUAAGAAAUUAUAAUCCUGUGGUGGGAAAUAUAAUGAGAGUGUACGAAGCAAUUACCAAAUAUUACAGGAAUGAGGGAAUUCAUAGAUCAGGCGAUCAAGAAAAUGAUAGUAUCAAGUUAUUUGAUGCUCAAAAAAUGAAUAAUCAUGGAUUUCCAACUUUUAAAGAUGCUUUGAUUUUACAUAGACUAAUAGAGAAUGUUUUUGAAAGUAGUAAGGAUCAUAAAACUGUAAAUGUGUCACACAUAGAUGAGUAA